AUGGCUUCCGCACAAGCUCUGCGGACCCUCGCCAGGCCCGCGAUCCCAGUGGCGCCUCGCAUCCAGCCUGUCAUGCGAUCUCUCGUGGCAGCUUUUUCCACCACCAGCUUGCUGUCCGCGGCUCCUCCCGCCGUGAAGAGUCGCAAGGAUCUACCGAAGAAGACGAAGAAGACAUACAAGAAGAAGCAGAACAUUGUGCCUGUCAAGAAACCCGGCCCCGGCGAGCGCAAGGCCUUCCGAAAACGAAUCCAGCUCAGCAACAACAGCGCCCUGCCUGUGACUGGCAUUGAGAACCUGGAGGCGCAGACCAUGGCCAAGGGCGAGAGCAGCGGCAAGAUGUUUGCCAUUCCGGACCAGGUGGUGGAUCAAUUGAGAGCGUUGGAGGCGUUCAAGACGACACAGACGUGGAAUCUGUUCCGGAAACCCCACGUUCUGGUGCGGAAAGAGACGGUGGAACUGAUGAGCAAGCUGGAGGCUUCGGUAGAGAACAAGGAAGCUUUUAAGUGUGUUUUGACAGGAAGCCGGCUUUCGGGGAAGAGCUUGACCCUACUUCAGGCCCAGUCGCAUGCGCUCCUAAACGAAUGGGUGGUGAUAAACAUUCCUGAAGGCCAGGACCUUACAAAUGGAAACACAGAGUUUUCCCCCAUUCCCGACACAGAGCCCAUGCAGUUUGCCCAGCCGGUAUACUGCCUGAAGCUGCUCCAAAACAUCUACAAAGCCAACAAGGCAGUUCUAGAGAAGACGCCCCUGAAGAUGGAUUGGUCUCGCCUAACGAGUCUCAAGCAAGGCGCCACGCUGGCUGACCUGGCCCUGAGCGCCAAGGAGAGCGAAUUCGCCUGGCCCACGCUGUCGGCCCUGUGGACAGAACUGACACAGCCCGGACAACCCCCGGUCCUGUUGACUCUGGAUGGCCUCGCCCACAUCAACAAGGUCAGCGAGUACCGCGACCCUUCGUUCAACAUCGUCCACGCCCACGAGCUCGUCCUCGUGCGCAUGUUUGUCGACGCCCUCUCCGGCAAGACGAAGCUCCCCAACGGCGGCGCCGUCAUCGCCGCCACCUCCCAGAACAACACCCACUACCGCCCUUCGCAGGAGCUUGUCCUGUCCCAGCUCGAGGCCGGCCAGGCGGGCCGCGAGGUCCCCAAGCCCAACGCCUACGAGCGAAAGUACGACGACCGGGUCUACGACGCGCUCAAGAACAGCACCGUGCUCCGCCUCGAGGGCGUUUCCAAGGACGAGGCGAGAGUGCUGAUGGAGUACUGGGGCGCGAGCGGCAUGCUGCGCAGCGUGCUUGAUACGAGGGCUGUGGCGGAGAAGUGGGCUUUGGGAGGACAUGGCAUUGUGGGUGAGAUGGAGAAGGCUUCGCUUAUGACGAUGAGGAUGUAA